AAGAGAAAUUUAGUUCACUCUACAAUCUGCUUGAAACUUUUUUUCUUUCUCCAUCUUAGCUUUUCUGAUCAUCUGAAGAGGACAUCUGAAAAGGGAAAGUAAAUAGAAAAGUGUUAAUGGAAGAAGUUGCAGUAUUCUCAGGGAUGGUUUUGGGGCAAUUCUUGUGCGCAGGAAAUUCAGCCAUGUUAAAUUAUCUUCAGAAUUUGGGUCUUCCUUCUUCAUCAAUUGUCAUUUUCUCCUCCAUUGCCACUUUUCUCCUUCUUUCUCCUCCCUCCAUCUACUUUGAAAGAGAUAAAUGGCCCAAGAAACCAUCUUUCAAAUUGUUGGUAUUCCUGGUUUUAGUAUCUCUUGGAGGGGUAACUUUGUUUCAAUCAUUCCUUCUUAAAGGGAUGAAACUAACCUCACCCACCAUGGCCAAUGCUAUGCAAAACCUUUCACCUGCCAUCAUCUUUAUUAUAGCUAUUGCAUUCAGGUACUAA